AUGAAGUUUCAACUUACUAUCCUUACUCUGGCCGUCCUGGCCUUUGCAAAGCCUCAGGCUCCUCCUGAUCCAGCACCAGCUCCCCCUGACCCUGCUCCAACUGCCCCUUCAACCUCUGAGCCGCCAGCUCCUCCUCCCGUCCCUCCUCCGGCUGAUCCCCCGGCUGAUCCUCCCGCCGAACCGUCUCAACCUUCUCCUCCACCUCCGCCGCCGCCUCCAUCUCAGCCUGCACCACCUCCAUCCGGACCAGCUCCUGUCCCUCCCCCAGCUACUCCGGCCCCAGCACCUCCUCCGGAUCCAAGUCCCCCUCCACCUCCGAGUUCAACCGCCGAACCUCCUCCUCCCGAGGGACCAAUCUGCGAAUGUGGCUACACUUACUGCUCUGCAGUCCUCAAGGGCAUGGACAAACCGUGGAAUGAGGAUCAACUCUCCUCGGCAUACUGCAGCACGCCCAAUGUGAAAUGCGACGGCGAAUCGCCAGCCAGCAGCAUAGAUAAUGCCCUGUUUAUCUGUCUAUGCGACCAGCCAAGCCAGAAGGUCGGAAACCAUCUUGAGUUCCUCUGCGGCUGCGACAAGUGUCUCGUUGUCAAGCCUGACUACAGAGGAAGAUGCAAGACUCCCCCGUUAGCUGGCAAGGGCGGCAAGGGUGAUGGGAAGGGUAAUAAGGUCAGAGGAACUAAUCCAUUUGGUUUCUGGAUGUAG